UACAGACAGAAAGUCAGAAGACUAAAUUUUGACCAACAGACCGGAGAGACAAACUAACUGCAGAUAAAUAAGCCUUCAAACCAAAACCAACACGAUGAAGUUACUGCUAAUGCUCAUCCUCCUACUGAUAUCAGAUUGUGAGUCAGAAAUGAAGAGAUUCACAUCAGAAUGGGCUGAAUUCACCUGCAACUGUCAAAAAACACAUGGAAAAUGUCAAAUGGUCCGUGUAGCUGAUCGUGGCUCAAAAACUGGAAAAAAGACUCUCAGAGUAAUCCUCAAACAAGUUGAGAACAAGGACCCCAAAAAGAAUGAUGACAAAAAAGAACUGAAAUUUAAACUUGAGGAAAAUGGCUGUCCAAAGCAAUUCAAUCAAACUGCAUACAAAAAAGCUAAAACCACCAUCAGAUGCAAUCGUCCUGAAAAUAAAUCUGAGUUGUGGUUUUUCUGCAAAGAGAACUCUUCUGUCUGUAACAACAUUUUAUCAGACAGAAUAUCCUUUCACACAAACACAUACAGUGUCUCCAUCAGUGACGUGUCCAUUGAGGACAAGGGUGUCUACUGGUGUGGAGUAAAGUUCACUGAGAACAAUCAUCAUGUCGCACUCACAAAAGUAAAAUUGAAAGUUGAAGAGAUUAAAAAUGUCAAAAGAAGCCCAGUUGUUGGACAGAACUUCACUUACUGGUGUAAAUACAACCAGACUGUCUCCUCAACAACAAAGUUCAUCUGUAAGGGAGAAGAUCCAUCCAUAUGUCAAGCUCUCGUAAACACCAGGCAGCCUGGUGUGAACAAGAGGUUUUUCAUGACUGAUAACACAAAAGAGAAAAACAUCACGAUAACAGUGAGAGAAGUAACAGCAGCAGACAGCGGGACGUACUGGUGUGGAGCGGAAACAAAACAACAACAACGCAGCAACAAGUUCUUCAACAGACUGUUCCUGACAGUACAACCAGCACCACCUUCAUCCUCUACCCCUUUAACUACAACAACCACUACAACUGCUAAGAGUCAUGUCACCUUUGGGAUUACCACUGCUGUGAUCAUCGGCGUGGCUGUGUUUCUGAUCGGUUUCUUUCUUAUUUACAUACGAGUUUCAUGUAUAAAAAACAAAGGAAUUAGUGCAUCAUUGCAGCACGUCAAAGAGGACUCUGCCUAUGAGGAAAUCCAGGAGCGCCUCCAGACGCCAGGAAAUGCAGUGGACUCGAUUUAUGUCACUGCCGGCAGGUACACAGAUGUUACCUCCUUACAUUACUCUACCAUCAACUUUCAGAGCCGCUCUCAGGAAGCUGGUGGUGAGGAAGUGAAUCCCAGCACGUCUGCCUGUGAAUAUUCUACUGUGGAUUUCAGAAAAUGUCCAGAUAACUCAACCAUCACUCAACCAUCCAGACCAGCAGAGGAGAAUCUCUACUCAGCAGUCAAUGAGCUAGAGCAAAUAUGACAAUAAGAUCAGCUCUGUCAGAAACUUCUAGAUGAUUUCAGCAAUAUACAUCCGACUUGUAGAAUUAGUUUUAGUGAAAAUGUGUUUAGUGUUAAUGUGAUGUUAUGAUUAAAUAAGAUUAAAUAAGACUGAGGGGUUCAGUAACUUGUAUUAGGAUGUUGAAAAUUUGGUUCAGAAUGAAGAGUUAGUAAAACAAACUGUAAAACUAUGUAGCUGCAAAAACCGCGUAUAACCACGAGGAGAGAGAGGUUUUGACUGACUGCUGUAUAUAGAUAGAUAGAUAGAUAGUGUUAAAUCCUUAAUUCUUUAAUCUUUGGGCUGAAGGAAGGACAACACUCAGUGUAUAAACGCUCAAUCAACAAUCUCUUUAUUCCAUACAACACUUUUGAGCAUGAACCAUCCGGAGGGGAAAUGAGCGCGGGAGGGUGUCCGCCUGAUCUCGAAGUGUCUGAGCGUUUCUCACAUUCUUAUAGCUUCACCCCCCCUCCAAAGUCAUAAAACCUAAACAUCCACAUUCUUUCUCUCUCUCCUCUCAGUGAGCCUAAGGUAUGACCUUGGCUUCCUGUGCAGUAUGCUCUGUUCUUUUCUAAUCAGACAAAUAAGGCCACGACUCUCUGAAAACAGUAUUUCUUAUAACUCAGCAGUAAUGCAUCAUAAAACAAUAUCAUUCAUUCACAAUAAAUCA